ACCGUUAAAAAGCGCUUGAAAUCCUCUGCACUAUUUUCUUCCCUAUAUAAACCUCUUUUGUUUUUUUCUUAUUUAUACGCGCAAAUCCCAAUUUCCCUUCCUCUGAAUUCCAGAUUCCACGCCUUUUCUCUUCUACACGGUUAUCGCAUUCCUCUCCAUCCACUGCUUCUCUUCUCCUUUACGGCGUCUACGUGGCGGGAUCUCACUGCACUCCUCCCUUUCCGUUCCCGUCAAUCUAGGCCCUCCGCUUUUCGCUCCUCCCGAGAUCCAAAGAUUUUCAAUCUCAUUCUUUCACGCAUUCUUGGUUUUUCGCUGCUAAUGGCCGUACUCGCGAAAUUCAGUCUCGCUCUGCUUUUGGCGUUCGCCUUGGUUGGAUUUUCUGUGUCAGAGCAUUCGCCGGAGACCUCACCAAGUCCACCGCCAGAACUCGGCGCCGACUCGCCACCGUCACUUGCUCCUGCUCCACACAUUGCUUCCCCGGCGAAUUCACCGUCGACUUCGUCUCCUCCGGCACCUCCUCCGUCAGAUCUCUCUCCAGGCUCCUCUCCGACGCCGUCACAGUCACCGUUGGCCCCGAAAUCGACGCCUCCGGCUCCGGCUCCGGUUCCGGCUCCUUCCGCCCUCAGCGAUAUCGGUCACGUAUCGGCCGACGGCGAUGGACAAGGCACGGGCUCGUCCGAGGGAAUGAGCGGAGCGAAGAAGGGCGGGAUCGCGAUCGGAGUGAUAUUGGCGGCCGGACUGGUGGUAGUGGGAGGCUUCGUGUACAAGAAGCGCCGCGACAACAUUCGGCGAUCUCAGUACGGAUACGCGGCGAGGAGAGAGAUUCUUUGAAGAGGCGGCGGUGAUACCAAAAAAAAAAAAAAAAUUCACGAUUAGAGGUUACAAACAAAAUUCUUAUAAUCAAUUGGUAUUGGUUUAUCAUUAUUGUUAUUAUCAUUUGUAGUAGUUGUUCUCUUUUUAUCAUUUUUGUACUGCCAUCUUGCUGAUUGGAAUUCUUAUUCUUCAUUCUUGAUUCUUUUU